CACACACAGAGCACACCAGCUCACCAGGAAGGAGCUUAAUGAUAAGACAGAAGCAUCAUUAUGGCAGGUCAAAGUGAGCACAUGAGAAAGGGAGAGAAUUUACUGCAAACACCUGAACAGGAACAUGGCACACCAAGUCACAGACAGUUUUCUCCUGUCCAUUCACGUAAACUCGGAGUGACGAGGAGACAAAGAGACAGGAGGGAUUUAAAAGAAGAUGAAAACCCAGAGGCCAAGGCAAGACGACACAAGGAGAUGGAGCUGAAGCCUCUGUAUAAGGAGCUUCUGUACACCAUCUCCCAUAAGAUGGGCAAACCAGCGUCCGCUGAGGUUUUCACAGACAGCCAGCUUCAUCAGUACAUCCAGGAGGCUUUCACUAUGACAGAUGCGGAGCACGGCAGUCUGAUGGAGAUAGUACACAACACAGAGCCACCGGUAUACUGCCUGAUGGUAACCGUUAAGGAAGCUAAGGAAAUCAUAGGAAAAGAUGUCAGUGGUUUUAGUGACCCUUACUGCCUCCUGAUGGUACUGGAAGAGGAGGAGGAGAAAAAGAGCAGCCGAUCGAAAGCCAAACCCAGCAAAUAUGUUGUAAAGGGCACAGUAUCACAUGAGAAAAUCUACCAAACCGAUAUUAAAAAGCAGACCUUGAACCCUAUUUGGAACCAAACCUUCAUACUAGAGUUUGAAAAUCUGACGAGGACCAGUUUUCACCUUGAAAUGUGGGACAAGGAUGAAGAGGUGUCUCUCACUCAGAAACUAGAAGAUAUCAAAACCAACUUAACUAGUUUAAGAAGGAUGAUCAAGGAGGCCAAAAAGGAGAAAGGCACAGAUGACUUUUUGGGAAAUAUUGUCUUAAAACUACAGGAUCUCCACUGCACUGAAGACAACUGGUACAAUCUGGAGCCCAGAACGGAGACGUAUCCUAAUCGUGGCCAGUGUCACCUCUUCCUCAAGUUCAUCCACAAAGCUAGAGAUGGGACUCUGAGCGCCGGUCGCAGUGCCUACACCAACUACUGUGGGAUUCUGCAGCAGUUUGUCCAAGCUUACAUCUCAAAGCAGCAGAGUUCUGCUCCAUGGAAAGGGGCCUUGUGUGGCGAGGCUCAGACUCUGCUUGAACUCUACGCUACGCAGAACGAUCUCUCUCCUUUUCUACAAGAUCUGGCGAAGUGGGUGGCUUACAGUAAGCUGUACCAGACGUUAGAGGUGGACUCGUCUGUGCUGUUCCAGCAGCUCACCAGCAUAGAGUACCACUGGCAUCAGCAGGAGCUGCCCUACCAGCAGAAACAGGAACUUGGAGAUUCUCUUCAUGGUUUUCUGCAGUAUGGACUCUGUUUGGUUUCCAAAUACAGAGACAUCUUCCCCCCAACUCCCAGUGCAACUCCAAAAUUACACACACUGCUUAGGAUCUUGGUCCAAAUCUGUAAGACUCAGGCUUUUCAGAAACUGAACCCAGCCCACUUUGAGCUUCAUGAGGGAGUCUUCGAUGCCAUACAGACAGGUACUGAGGAGUGGUUUACCAUCAAAAAGGGUUUGCAUCAGCCUAUGACCAAGGACCUGACAGAGAUUGGGAGCGCCCUCUCCAGGCUCAUUGUCGAAGUACAGGAAGACAUAAAACAUAACAAGGACAUUUGGAACAGAGUUUUUGUCAGCGCUGUGCAAGUGGAUGUUUUCACUGUUGUCUAUCAGAAGUUUGACUCCCUGCUCGCAAAGGAAGUGAAAGAAACCUUAUUUAUAAUGGACGGCCAAAUGGAGCUGAACCUUGCCAAAAGCCUGUUUCCUGUUUACCUGAGCCUGCAGGCCAUCCACAAAAACAAGGCUUUCCUGCAGAAAAGGGGAUUACUCCAGCUAACAAACUUUCAUGAAGGAUUCAGGGAGGCUCUGCCAUAUUGGCUCAACCAGGCGUUCAGCACCACUCAGGAUCGAGUGGUGAGGGCGGUGCAAGUUGACCAGCUCCAGCCACUGCAAACUGGUGCAGUCCCCAUAAAGCACAGCUCCUCCGCAGUAGACUUGGUAGCAUGUAUCCAGCCAAUCUGCCAGCUGUGGGAGCAGCUGUCUUGGCCUGACCCUGAGGAGGGCUUCAUGCUCAUGGUCAAACUCACUGAGGAUGUAUGUAAGAUUGUAGUAAACUACUGUCACCUCCUAAAGGAGAGGGUCCGGGUGCUGUCUGAGAACUCUGACCACAGCAGUGCCAUCAACAUGCUGUGUGUUGUAGUGAACGACCUGGAGCACUUACGUUCGGUGCUGACCCGGCUUCCUACUCAGCUCAACUGGGAGGGGCUUCGCAUUUGCACACAAAGUGUGAUAGGGCAAAGCCAGUUUGAAAACACGCUGCAUUCCCAGCUUCUGCAAGCUAAAAGCAUCCUCUGCAAAGAGAUUCGAUCAGCAUUAGACACUCUUGGGAAACAGUUAAACACAGACAUUGAGACUCUAGUCAGAAGCAUGUCGACCAGGCGGAGGAUUCCUUCCAAGUCCACAGAGGAUGCUGCAGCCCCUUUAAUGCGCUACCUUGAACAGGAGCUUCAGUACAUGAAUGAAAACUUGGUUCAAGAGAACUUCAACAGCCUCCUGACUCCAUUGUGGCAAAACUCGGUGAAAAUUCUUUAUCAAGUGGCUAACCAGCAUUCACAACAAGAAGGGCUCAUGGUGUUCUGUCAAAGGCUACUGUAUACACUACAGUGCCUUGAGCAGUGUUUCCAUGCUGAAGGGAAUGGACUUCCUCAAAAGACACUGCACUCCGACGAAUACAAGACUCUGAAGGCUUACCUCACUCACCACUCUCUGACCAACCAAGAGCUCAUAGAGAAGUUCUUUAAAAGAAAAAUAGUGGAGCAGAAAGAUUACAGUGGGGAAAAAUAUGGAGCAGUCACCCUCGCUACAUGCUACAGAAGAUCUGAUCAAAGGUUGCACAUUGAGGUGCUGAAUGCAGCCAGCCUCCUACCAAUGGACUCUAAUGGUCUCAGCGACCCAUUUGUGCGCCUGUGCCUGGAGCCUAACCACAUCUUUCCUGAGACAGAGCCGCGCUGCACCCAGUACAAAAGCUGUGACCUCAAUCCCCUUUUCGAUGAGUCCUUUGACUUCCUGGUUUCAUUGGAACAGUGCCAGACUCCCGGAGCUUGCUUGGUCAUCACAGUUCUGGACCAUGAUACCUUGAGACCAGAUGACUUUGAGGGCGAAGCCUUCCUGGGCCUCGAGGACGUACCAGGAGUUUCUGAACAAAAAGGAGAGGAACCCUGCUCACAGAUGGAUGCCUCAGCUAAAAAAAUACGCCUGUCUCUGAUGCACCCUAAACCUAACGAGGACAGCAUUCUGAAGUUACUGGAGUCCAGGAAAGGAGAGCGAGAGGCUCAAGCUUUCGUGAAAAAGCGACGCCAACGGGAAAAACAGUCCCAGGAGGCCACCCAACAAUGACAAACGCACACAGACGUGUUCUUCCUCCAAAAAUAUACAAUUUGUUUUAAUGAUCAGUACCAAAAAACAAAGAGAAAAAGAAAAGAAUGCAUUCAGAAAGAAACACUGGUGUUGCAUGAGUUGUGUUUGGACAACAUACUGAACAUGACCAUCACAGUGAUCAUAAACACUUUCACACCUGCAUUUAAACAUUUACGUGUCUGUAUGCUUCCCAAUGGUUUGUCAAAUCAGUGCAAGAUGAAGAUAUAACAUCACUUUUGUAUGUGUAUACAUUUAUAUAUAAUAUAUAUGAAAUAUAUAUUAUACACUGUUGAGAGACUGAAGUGUCAAAGAUUACUACAAAUGUAGAAAUUUGGCAGAGAAAGCUGUCACAUAUUGAUUUAAAAAUAGCUAAAAAGCCUUUCUGAGUGUUCUGAGCUUGAUUCAUUGCUAACAAAAGGGGUGUAAAAAUAAAAAAAAUCUGAAAAUGGA